GAAAUGGCGGAGGUAAGAAAAGGAGGAAAAUGGAGCCGCCCAGGCCUGUGGGUGACGUCACGUACCACGUGUCUAGCAUCUCAGGAGGACGACUCGCGAGCAGCAUGGCGGCGCUGGCCGUAUCGGUAGUGGAGACACCGUCGGAGAAGGAUGCUAUUGGCGAGGGAUUGUUCGAGCUCUUGAAACCUGCCGUGCAGCAGCUCGACCUGCACGUGCACUCGGUGAGAGAGAGCCAAGUGGAGCUGCGGGAACACAUCGACAACCUGGCCACUGAACUCUGCAGAAUUAAUGAGCACCAGAAGGUGGCGCUGGACCUGGACCCGUAUGUGAAGAAACUGCUAAACGCUCGACGCAGGGUGGUUCUGGUGAAUAACAUACUACAGAAUGCUCAGGAACGUCUGCGGCGUCUUAACCAUAAUGUUGCCAAGGAGACAGCCCGCAGGAAGACCAUGUUAGAGGCUUCCGGAGCAUUCACCCCUCGUUCACCCAGCAAGCCAUGAUACAUGUUCAUGGUAUAUCCAGUGAAGGAAGUCGGAAUGGCCACGGUGCUCUGCCUGCCGCCUCAUUUGUCUGCUCUGAGUUACAGCACUGCUGUAGGACAGAGACAGUCAGUCACAGUGAUUAACACGGGAGCAUUGGCAUGUAGGUCAUCAGCAGAAUUCACCAACAGACUGCGCUGAAGGCACACCGCUCUGCACAUCAGUUUUCACUUUUUUUUCCACAGAGUCUGAUUAUCCAUUCAAGCAUAAUAAUGCAUAAUAAAAUACAUUGUUCACUUAGGCUAUAUUGGUAUUGAUUAUUCAACAAAUUUAUUGUUCUGUUCAAGGAAAGUAAAUGGAAAAAGGAUGAAAUUCACUGCUCAUCUUUUAAAAUGGCAAUGCCUUCACUGCAAGGGUGUCCUGACCUUAUAUGGCAAAUUUUAUUAAGUAUCGAACUUCUUUGUAAUUGUUGUUACAUAAAACAAGGAUUUGCCCUAUUAAAUCAUUCUCUUAA